UUUUAUGUGGCUAUACCUCGACAGCUUUGAUGUGAGCAGACCGUGGCCUGGAUUCCUACAUUGUAUAAAUAGUUAUACGAGACGAUGGACAUGAUUUUGAUACCUAUCUUUCCAUGUGGUUGUUUUUUACUUAAAUGUCUGUUUCCUAAAUCGGCAACCACCCCGUGCCGUCGAGACUUCACCGAGACUUCACCUCCUCUUCACUUAUCAUCAUCAUUCCAUCCGAGCAGCGGACACAGACAGCAGCCAAGUCCUUUACCUCGACCUUGGUAUUCAACAUGGGACGAGAAUUCCGCUCCCUUUUCUUUGACUCGUACAGAAACGUCCCUCGUCUGCCCAAGGAGGAUUCUACCAAGUCCACCCUCAGGUCUGGUCCUACACAGAGUAGUAGCCAGAGCUCUGGACUCGGAUCAAGAGAGGAGACGGCGGGUGCUUUCAAUCGACAGAUGGGUGGGUUGAAAUCCCUGUCUCGUUGUCCUGAUGAGCUACAGCUGGAUGCUUUCGUCUUCAAAGAUUUCCCCGUCAGUGUUCGGGGAGUCAUAUUGGUCUCUGUGGAAGAACUUCCGGAACGGUUCCGUUCGAUGUUCGGUUUCCCGCUGUUCAAUGCCGUCCAGUCGAAAUGUUUCCAAUCAGUCUUCAAUACAAACGAUAAUCUCGUCCUUGCAGCACCUACGGGCAGUGGGAAGACGGUUGUACUAGAACUCGCUAUCUGUCGUCUCGUCCACUGCUUCAAGGAUGAACGCUUCAAGGUUGUCUACCAGGCGCCGACCAAGUCUCUCUGCUCUGAAAGAUUCCGUGAUUGGAACCGCAAGUUUGACAAGCUAGGGCUGCAGUGUGCGGAGUUGACCGGCGAUACAGACCAUGCGAGCUUGAGAGGUAUCCAGCAUAGCCAUAUCAUCAUCACAACCCCGGAGAAAUGGGACAGUAUGACGCGGAAAUGGAAGGAUCAUGCGCGAUUGAUGCAGCUCGUCAAGCUGUUCCUCAUAGACGAGGUCCAUAUCCUCAAAGAAGCCCGCGGUGCAACCCUGGAGGCCGUCGUGUCGCGUAUGAAGACUAUCGGGUCGAGUGUACGCUUUAUUGCCCUGAGUGCCACAGUACCGAAUUCUCAAGAUUUGGCCAUCUGGCUGGGCAGAGAUGCAGCCAACCAACAGCUCCCCGCAAGAAGAGAGCACUUUGGUGAGGAAUUCCGUCCAGUGCAGUUGCAGAAAUUUGUCUAUGGGUAUCAAUCUGCUGGAAAUGACUUUGCUUUCGACAAGCUUUGUGGCACAAGAUUGCCCGAUGUUCUUUCUGCCCAUUCGUGUAAAAAGCCCGUUAUGAUUUUCUGCUCCACGCGGAACUCUUCGGUGGCUACAGCAAAAGAUCUCGCUCGACUGUGGACGUCUACGAACCCACCAGCUAGGCUAUGGAAAGGGCCCAGCAAACAUGUAGAAGUUCACCAUGUGGAUCUGAGAAGUGUUGCGUUUCACCAUGCUGGGCUUGACCCGGCAGACCGACACACUGUUGAGACUGGUUUCCUGCAAGGCGAUAUCAGCAUUAUAUGUUGUACUUCAACGCUUGCAGUAGGGGUCAAUCUCCCAUGCCACCUUGUUAUCAUCAAGAAUACUGUUGGCUGGCAGGAAGGCGGCUGCAAAGAGUAUUCCGAUCUCGAGAUGAUGCAGAUGCUAGGACGUGCCGGUAGGCCGCAGUUUGAUGACAGCGCUACUGCUGUUAUAUUGACUCGUAAGCAGCGAGUCGACCAUUAUGAAAGGCUGGUGUCGGGAACCGAAAGCAUAGAAAGCUGUCUGCACAUGAACCUGAUCGACCAUCUCAACGCAGAAAUAGGCCUGGGGAAUGUGACCAGCAUCGACUCGGCUAUCAGAUGGCUCGCGGGUACUUUCUUGUUCGUUCGGCUGAGACGAAAUCCUGCUCAUUACAAUCUCCGAGAAGGCUCAAAUAAUCAGGACCAUGAAGAUGAAAUGCUGCGACAGAUCUGUGAAAAGGAUAUCAAACUUCUUGAGGAUACAGGUCUGAUCGCUUCGGGUGACACACUUGUCAAAGCGACACCGUUUGGUGAUGCCAUGGCUAGAUACUAUGUACGAUUUGAGACUAUGAAGACGCUGCUGUCACUCAGGGAACAUGCUCGAAUCUCAGAAAUGUUAUCUGCCAUUGCUGAAGCAGAAGAGUUCAGGGAAAUACGUCUCAAAGCAGGCGAGAAGUCCCUAUACAAAGAACUGAACCGCGCCCACGGGAUUAGAUUCCCAAUCAAAGUGGAUGUGGCCCUUCCAGCACACAAAAUCUCCCUUUUGAUACAGUCGGAACUAGGUGCAGUGGACUUUCCUGACUCGGAGCAAUUCCAGAAGCACAAAUUUAGUUUCCAACAAGACAAAGUUUUUGUCUUUUCUCACAUCAAUAGACUCAUUCGCUGUGUUGUUGAUUGCCAGAUUUCCUCCCAGGACUCGUUGGCUGUGAGGAACUCGCUCGAGCUCGCUCGCAGCUUUGCGGCCAGAGUCUGGGAUAACUCUCCUCUUCAAAUGAAGCAGAUCGAUCAGAUCGGGAUAGUUACCGUGAGAAAACUAGCUGCUGCUGGCAUUGCCAGUAUCGAGAUGCUAGAAUCAACUGAACCGCAUCGAAUUGAGAUGAUUCUUAGCAAGAACCCACCGUUUGGUAUCAAGCUCCUCGCUCGACUCAACGAGUUCCCAAAGUUGAGAGUCACAACUAAAAUGAUUGGAAAGAACAUGAAGGCUGGCUCCCCUGUUCAGAUCAAAUUCAAGGCGGAGGUUGCCUUCAUGAACGAGCAACCCCCAAGCUUCUUCCAGAGGCGUCCGGUGUAUGUGUGCUUCUUAGCAGAGACUUCUGAUGGGCGCAUGGUAGAUUUUAGGCGAAUCAGUGCAAGCAAACUUCAGGCCGGGCACGAAGUGUUGCUUAAUGCAGAAUUGAACAAUGCAUCAGAGUAUAUCUGCUGCUAUGCAAUGUGCGACGAUAUCGCCGGCACUCUUCGAUAUGCAGAGGUUCAUCACGACCUCCCAGCCUCGGCAUUCCCCUUCUCUCGAACAGGGCAGAUUGUCGACAAAGAGGACAGGCCCCAGAUGAACACAUCGCGACCUCGUAGCAGUGAUAUGGCCACUCAUAGAAAGAGAAGCCUAAAGGAAGCAGAAGCAUUUGAUGGCGAUGAUCUCGUCUUCGAUGAUUUUGCUACCGCCGGUUUGACAACCCUCUCCAGAUAUACAGCCUUCAAUUUUCCACUAACAUACUCUACAGCUCGAGACAGCAACUGGAUUCAGAUCGAUGAUAGUAGCACGUCCAUCUCGUCACCAACCCGGGCUUUGAAUCCACCAAGAACAGACAGUAAUAAAAGGCAAGAUGAUAACGUCGACCAUAGGGACGACGAGUCCGAACAAACACGUCUCGAGAACGGCAAAUGGGCCUGUAACCACAAGUGCAAAGACAAGACAGUGUGUAAGCACUUCUGCUGUCGCGAUGGCUUGGACAAGCCUCCAAAACAGAGCAAAAAACGCCAUCUCUCGGGCCAGUUGACUUUACCGGCGAGCAUUACCAAAAAGAAUGAGCACGAAGCCUACCCUAUUGGCCAGCCAGCUAGUCAGAGGUCUCCCUCGCAGUCCGGUGGAUCGUCACUCGCCACAGAAGUCACUGUCCAGUGA